UCGGCGAGCUGGGGCCGGGAGCAGGGCAGGGAGCUGCCAGAGAUUUUGUUAAAUUUAAAAGCCCUUUUAGAACCGGGACAACCGGUUCUAAAAGGGCUUCUAAAUUUAACAACCGGUUCCCGCGAACCGUUGGGAACCGGCUCCCGCUAACCACCUAAUAUUGGGACCCUGUUUGGCACAAGGGACUAACGCACUGCCUGACCCAGCAGAACAUCGGACCGUUUUUUGUUUUGCUACAUGGAGCUGAUUGUGUGAAAGCACACUGGUUCCCCCCCGCCCCCCCAUCCUUUUAAAGAUUUUUCCAAAAUGAAGAAAUUUAAUUUCCGCAAAGUUUUGGAUGGUUUAACUGCCUCAUCUCCUGGUGGCAGUAGCAGUGGUGGCAGUAGCAGUGGUGGUGGAAUUGGGGCUGGAAGUGGAUCCGUGCAUCCAGGAGGGACUGCAGGUGCUGCAGGGACACCCAGAGAUGAGAUCCAGGAAAUCCUAUCUUCGGAUUAUUUCCAGAUUUGUAAGACGGUUCGCCAUGGUUUUCCUUAUUUGCCCACUGCCUUAGCUUUUGACCCAGUUCAGAAAAUUCUGGCUGUGGGGACAAGAACAGGAGCCAUACGAAUACUGGGCAGACCUGGUGUUGAUUGCUACUGCCAACACGAAAGUGGUGCCGCGGUACUGCAGCUCCAGUUCUUAAUCAAUGAGGGUGCCUUGGUCAGUGCGAGUGCAGAUGACACGCUUCAUUUGUGGAACCUAAGACAGAAACGGCCGGCUAUUCUUCAUUCUCUGAAAUUUAACAGAGAACGGAUUACUUACUGCCAUCUACCUUUCCAAAGUAAAUGGCUCUACGUUGGAACAGAGAGGGGAAAUACACAUAUUGUAAAUAUUGAGUCCUUCAUUCUUUCUGGAUACGUUAUAAUGUGGAACAAGGCAAUAGAACUAUCCACAAAGACUCACCCUGGCCCAGUUGUACACCUAAGUGAUAGCCCAAGAGAUGAGGGAAAACUAUUAAUAGGCUAUGAAAAUGGGACGGUAGUACUCUGGGACUUGCGAUCAAAAAGAGCAGAUUUAAGAGUUUACUAUGAUGAGGCUAUUCAUUCUGUAGACUGGCAUCAUGAGGGGAAGCAGUUCAUGUGCAGUCACUCUGAUGGCAGUUUGACUCUGUGGAACUUGAAAACUCCUAGCAGACCAUUUCAGAUAACAAUCCCACAUGGAAAAAUUCAAAGAGAUGGGAAAAAACCUGAGUCUUGUAAACCAAUUCUUAAAGUAGAGUACAAGACAUGUAAAAGCAGUGAACCAUUUAUAAUCUUUUCUGGUGGACUGUCCUAUGACAAAGCUUGUCGAAGACCAAGUCUAACCAUCAUGCAUGGAAAAGCUAUUACGGUGCUUGAAAUGGAUCACCCUAUAGUGGACUUUUUAACUCUUUGUGAAACACCAUAUCCAAAUGAAUUUCAAGAACCCUAUGCUGUAGUUGUACUAUUGGAAAAAGAUCUCAUUGUUGUUGACCUAACACAAAGCAAUUUUCCAAUCUUUGAAAAUCCUUAUCCCAUUGACAUUCAUGAGUCACCAGUUACCUGCACAGAAUAUUUUGCUGACUGUCCUCCAGAUUUGAUUCCCGUAUUGUAUUCUGUGGGAGCUAAACAUAAAAAGCAAGGAUACAGCAAUAAGGAAUGGCCAAUCAGUGGGGGAGCAUGGAACCUAGGAACACAGACAUAUCCUGAAAUUAUUAUUACAGGUCAUGCAGACGGAUCGAUAAAGUUUUGGGAUGCCUCUGCCAUAACUCUACAGAUGUUGUACAAGUUAAAAACCUCAAAAGUGUUUGAAAAACAGAAGCUAGGGGAAGGAAAACCAACAACUGAGAUUGUAGAAGAAGAUCCUUUUGCCAUUCAGAUGAUGUACUGGUGCCCUGAAAGCCGAAUAUUCUGUGUGGCGGGAGUCUCUGCAUAUGUUAUUGUUUACAGAUUCAGCAAACACGAAGUGAAUACUGAAAUAGUGUCAUUAGAGGUGCGACUUCAGUAUGACGUAGAAGAUAUCAUUACUCCUGAACCAGAAAUAAUUCCUCCGUUUCCUGAUGCCUCAUCCCAACUUCCUUCCUUAAAGAGCCUUUCAGGCAGUACCAACACUGUGGCAUGUGAAGGAACGAUGAAGGACAGUAUCCCAUGUCUUAGUGUUAAGACUCGACCUGUGCGAAUGCCUCCUGGGUACCAAGCAGAACUUGUUAUUCAGUUGGUGUGGGUGGAUGGUGAGCCUCCACAACAAAUCACCAGUCUGGCCAUAAACUCAGCCUAUGGAUUAGUUGCAUUUGGGAACUGCAACGGUUUGGCUGUUGUGGAUUUUAUGCAGAAGACAGUAUUGCUGAGCAUGGGAACCAUUGACCUAUACGGAUCAAGUGAUCCAUACCAGCGUCAGCCCCGUUCUCCACGCAAAAACAAGCAGUUCUCUGCAGGCCUGACUGAACUCACUGACAGUCCAGUUUCCCUGGAGCUAGAGCGUUGCAAGUCUCCCACUUCAGUUAAAGGAUCAAGAAAGUUAAGUCUGCCAACAGAUCUUAAGACUGAUCUUGAUCAUGUAAACGGGCACUGUACAAGCCCAACCUCCCAAACUUGCAGCUCUGGAAAACGGCUCUCUAGCGCAGAUGUUACAAAAUCAAAUCGCCGAGGGCCUGGGAGGCCCCCAUUUAGAAAAGCACAGUCUGCAGCUUGCAUGGAGAUUUCCCUUCCAGUCACAACAGAAGUAGGUUACAUUUCCAGACGGGCAAUGCUUCAGCAAUUACAUGGAGUCAGUACAUUCUCACACGACGAGCGUCACUAUGCCGCUUACACAUGGAUGGACAAAGAAAACCGGGAAAACACCUUCAGCCGUUCCCGAAGCUCCAGUGUCUCCAGCAUCGACAAGGAGUCCAAGGAAGCAAUUACAGCUUUGUACUUUAUGGAGACCUUUUCACGGAAGAAUGACUCUACGGUCUCCCCCUGUCUGUGGGUUGGAACAGGCCUUGGUAUGGUCUUAAUCAUCUCCCUUAAUCUGCCUGCUACUGAGGAAUUAAGGCAGACAGAACCGGUCAUGGUGUCUCCAAGUGGUACAGUUCUGACACUGAAGGGAGCAGUGCUGACUUUUUCAUGCCUGGACUGCAUGGGAGCAUUGAUACAUUCACCCUAUGAAGUAUGGAGGGAUCCAAACAGCAUAGAUGAUAGUGAAAAAACGAGAAAAAGGAAACUUGUCAUGUAUUCUCCUUCGUCCUCCCAGGAUAUGGGAGAUCACCAGUUUGCUGUCAUCUGCUCAGAAAAACAAGCCAAAGUGUUCUCACUGCCUUCCCAGACAUGCCUCUAUGUUCACAACAUCACAGAAACGUCCUUUCUAUUGCGAGCAGAUGUGGUGACCCUGUGUAACAGCAUCUGCCUGGCUUGCUUUUGUGCCAACGGGCAUAUCAUGACAAUGAGCUUGCCCAGCCUUCGCCCAAUGCUGGAUGUCAACUAUUUGCCAGUAACAGACAUGAGGAUAGCACGGACAUUUUGUUUCACCAAUGAAGGGCAAGCUUUGUAUCUCAGCUCUCCCACGGAGAUCCAGCGACUGACAUACAGCCAGGAGAUGUGUGACAAUCUACAGGACAUGCUUGGGGAUUUGUUUACCCCAGUGGAAACACCAGAAGCCCAGAACAGAGGCUUUCUCAAGGGGCUGUUUGGAGGAAGCGGGCAGACCUUUGACAGAGAAGAGCUGUUUGGCGAGGCUUCAGCAGGAAAAGCCUCUCGGAGUCUGGCUCAGCACAUCCCUGGCUCGGGUGGAAUCGAGGGUAUGAAAGGAGCUGCAGGAGGGGUAAUCGGAGACUUGGCUCGUGCGCGCCUCGCCCUUGAUGAGAGAGGACAGAGACUGGGAGAAUUGGAUGAAAAGACUGCAAGCAUGAUGGCUAGUGCAGAGGCAUUUUCCAAACAUGCACAUGAGUUGAUGCUGAAAUAUAAGGACAAGAAAUGGUACCAGUUUUAGACUUUUAAAGAAGCUGCUUGGCUUUGAUGAGAACACUAUUCAGGGAAGCGGAACUUAUUCCCAACACUACCAAUCACUGGCCAGAAACAAAACUUUCUCCUAGGAAAUGUUUUCCUGUUAUUUGUUUGGAUUCACCACAAGCGGGAAGUCAAGGAGAAGUUUUAUAUCCCACAAAACGGAGCCUAGACUUGUACUGGUCUUUUAGUCAAAAUACCUGGCUUAUGGUGUAGUAAAUCUUUUUCCAAAAGCAACUGAACAGUCACAUUGGCAUGUAGCUUUUUUCAGAAGCUCUAGGAAUGAACUGUGGAGAGUGUCUCUGGUUACAAAUAUCCUGUACAAACCUAGAAUGUUAAUGCACUUAUUAAAAAAAAUGAAUACAAUUUUGCAUGACCAAUUGACAUCUUAAAAAGAAAGCAUGUUGUGACCGAAGGAAAAGGGAUUGAUUUCUAUGCUGAGCAAAAAAUAUUUAAAAACAGCAAAAAUCUUUAUUUUUAAAAACAACCCUACAAACAGCCAGUACAUUUCAAGCGUGGGCGCUGCUGCUCUGGACAGAAAAAAGGAGAUGAGCUGCAUUGUCUUAUUUGCUGCUAGUUCUUUUCCUUAUAAAAUCUUAGGUUGAACUCAUCAGUGCUAUUUAAUUCCUAUCCAAAGAAUAAACUAACAUCCAAAUCCAAUCCAAAUGCUUUCUUUAGUGUUUGUGAAGGAGCCAGUUGGGAUGUCACCUAAGUGAGAGUAGAGGGUGUCUUUACAACCCAAAGAGUGCAGGAAACACCUUCCAUAACUACUAAUUUUCUGAAAGCAUCCUUUGAGGGGGCUGUGAUAACAUUUGUCACCCCAGGAGUGUCUGAAUCACUUGGUUGCCUUGUUUUUUCAAUAUUAGAAGCUGAAGAGAAGGUGAGUCAGUAAUUUAUUGAAUUAAACUGAAGAAAGUAGAGGGCCCAGUGGAUCAAGCUGGUAAAUCCCCUCAAGUCAGUGACUUCAGCAGCUUGCAGGAAAGAGUUGCACUGAAGCGAUGCUAAGCAAAUUGCACAGUAACCCAAUUUAAAGCUGGCGGGCUGACGAUCACACCAGCAACAGGUUUGAGCUGCAAAGCCCAGCAGAUGUAAUUUUAUAUAGACCAGUUUCUCCACUGUCUUGCCUGGUGUAUUACCACUUACAACCUGUGCAAAACACUGCCACAGAGAUGAGUGAGUGGAGAAUUCAGGAGCACAUUAUAUCUACUUUGCACAAGUGUAAAUGCCCACACAAGGUGCAAGGUACUGGUGAAAUAGGCUGUUCAUAUUGGUAAAGCUGCUGCCAGACCUCAAUUGCUGCCACGGGGCUUUAUGUGGUUUCCAUUAUGGGCUUUUAAUUUUCUUCAUUUUGCAGAUACUGUCAGAUUCUUUUCCACAACCGUUUAUCAUGAUGUAUUUGCCUGAACAGCAUUCACAUGCCAGAACAGUCAAUUUCCUUCCCCAGCUCAGUUUUACUCCUUUGCAUCAGCAUAAUUUCCAAAGUAACCAACUGUGAAGUCAGAUGGAUUCUAAAAUUGACUUGGGAACAAGGUGCUAAGGUCAUGUUUGCCAGCAAGUAUGCACAAGUACAAACUAGGGAGAGAGAGACGGAGACACUUUGUAUCAGGAGAAUUCACUUUGAAGGAAAAUGGUCUGAGAAAGUAGCUGCAGCUAGUGACCUCCCAAAUAGCCAUGUCCAUCAGAUUUGCUUUAACUUCCUACGUUUGUAUCAUGACAGUUUAAUGCACACUCUGGACCACAAGACACUGCUCUGGAUUCUGCAUUUCCAUGGAAAGCACUGCUAACCCUCACUCAGUCGCUCUCUCGCUAUCUUCCCUGUUUUUAGUGGUGGGGUGGGUACUCACUGGCAAAAACACCUAUUGUAUAUUUAAUUUAGCUCAAUUUUAGAUAUAGGUUUUGGACUCAGAAGUCUGGCAUCACAAGCUGUGUGAAUUAAGGCUAUGGCACAAGUUUGAGGCGUCAUUAAGGUUACACUGUUAUGGCUCAAUAUGAAUUUUGUGCUAGUCAGAAUGUUUAAAUUUUGCUGCGGGCAAGGUUAAAAUGACAGCUUUGACCGUUGUAGUCCAGUUCUAGGCCUCUAAAAAGCCUUAUGGCUAAUCCAGCCCCUGUGUGAAUUUCAUGUUUACUCCACAUGUACUCUGGCCUAUAGUUAGUCUAAAUCACUAAUCUUGUGGGCACUUUAGCUUUACAAACACCUUAGAGAGGAUAUGUUCCCUAAUUUAGCUGCAAGACUAGAGAAGGUAUUUAAAUGGUCACUGGAUUAGGCUCACACCAAACAGGUAAAGAUUCAGGAGGGAAAUCCUUCUACCAGGCACUUGAGUUCGUUCUGUAACUUACUGCACCUGUUUCUAUACUAAUAUAACGGGUAUGAAAAGGAUAUUCCAGGUUCAAGUGUGAUGCCAUGUACACCUCCUCUACUGGCUACACUGGGAGUUUCCAUUGCAAUUCAAUGACAUGUUGCAGUAUCCAUAGAUGUAUCACACAUAACUGUGUGGGCAGAUUAGUGGAAAGCUUGGUGAGUGAUUAGGAUGGUACUAGUUCUGUGGUGUAUAGAAAUUCUCGGCUUGCUAUUCCGCUUUUAGGCAGAGGUGUUGCUCUAACAUCAAUUCAGGGACCUCUGAUCCUGAAUGAAAUGGGAGCCUCCUUAGGCAGAUGCUAGAGCUCACUCUGUCAUGAAGCAGUUGCACAAAUCAGUUUGAACAGCUACAGCCUGCGUGAGGGAAAUGUGCCUCCAGUAGGUCAUUUACAUUACACUUGCUCUAUCAACAGUCUCUAACUUAACACCACGCUGUAUCAGUGGGAAAGCCAGCCAGUAGCUUUCAAUUUGCCUCUUUACUUCACAAAAGAAGAAGAAUUUAGAUUCCCCAAACAUACAAUUUUGGAUGUUUAAAUCCUUCAUCGUUUUCUCUAGAAAAACUCCCCAGAAGGUCACAACUGUAUCUUCCUUUCAUCUAUGGCAUAUUGUACAUCUUUCCAGAAAGUUACAAAUUCCUGUUUCUGUAAUGUUCAGCUUUUGUGACUAUAAUUAUUAAUUUACUUGUAGUCUGUAGAGAUCUAAAAAAUUGUAUAUGUUUGUAUAUAGAACAUUCUAUAUAUAUAUAUAAGUUUGUUAGUGCACACUGUUAAAAUGCUUUCUAUUGAAAUUUACCGUGGAUGUGGCGAAAAGUCUUUACUUUAAAAUUUAAUGAGGGAGGGGGAAGCCUGGCCGGUUAGUUUCUUGUGACAUGAGGAGGAGUGUGGGAUUUUUAAAGGGCCUACCCUAAACAUUUUUUGUUAAUAACAAGAGUAAUAAAGUUGCAGCGUUCAAGCUGAUAAGCAUAGCAAUGAUUUUACUUGCUGAGAAGAAAAUUAGGACACUAGGCUUUCUAAGAAGAAUGUUGAACUCAAAUGUGCUUUCAUCUUUUCUACCAAGCCAGCACCAGCUCACACAAAAUCCAUAACUUUUAGGCUCUUUCAACAUCUGAACUCUUAGUUUAAAAAGUACAAACUCCAGAUAGGUUACAUUAGAUCUAACGUAUAAAAGGCUCUCUCUAGCGACACUUUGGCAUAAUGUUGCUCAAUUAAAUAUUUUUAUGAUGUUAAAAAAUGCAUAUUUUUUUGUGAGUGAAAAAUGUAUUAUCCCAAACAAUCAGAUAUACAAAUUACACACACAGCUAGGGGUGUAAUAUGCAGAUAAAAUAUAGUAAAUUAGAUUCAUUAUGUGGCUUCUCAUUAGACGAGUCCUUACUAGUAAGAACUAUUUUAUGUGCAGCCAACUCCUAGACAUAGACCACUUUAAACUUCAAUUCUGAAUUAAAAAUUUUUAAAAAAAUCUAAUGAAAUUCUGUAACAGCACCAGGAUUUGUUCUCUAUAAUCACAUAAGAUUUUUCUAAAUCAUAUUUUUUUACAUUCCUGUGUCCCAACUAUUUAUACUUUUGAGUAGAUGUGGUCUGACUGCAUUUCUGAAUUCAAAUUAGACCUUUUUUCUCUGUAUUAAACAGAAUAUAGGUUUUGCAUAAAUAUUUAAAUAUACACAGAUAUUCGAUUAUUAGACGUGUGAAGUUAUCACAAAAAUUCUCUGUACAACUUUUUACAUAUUCCUUUUUCAGAAACCAUCUCACAUCCAAUUCCUUGUGUGUAUUAUAAUAAAUAAAUUGUAUACUGAAAAAAUAAUUCUGUAUGUAUCUAAUGUGGAAAAACAUCACAGCUAAUGUAAACCUUGUAUUCAACCUCAGGAUUAUUCUAUUUAUAAAUUGUCUCUAUUAUAUCACAGGCAAAUUGCCAGACUGCAUUUAAUUGCACCCUUUAAGUAUUCUGCUCUGGGUAUCCCACAUCACUUUUCAUGACCUAAAGGUGAAUGCAAACACAAUAUAUUUCAGUCUUGAUUAAUUUUGCCUUGGUAAGGUGUCAGUAAGAACACACUCUCUCUCUCUCUCUCUCUCUCUCAUUAAUGAGUUGCAUGUUUCCAGUUGUUGACAACACUUCAUCUAGGUGUAAUUCAUGUAAAAGAAUUUCCAUUAAUGUGUUUUCUCUUAUGUGAUUAUUGACUAAAAUCAAAAUAUUGUACCUUUUUUUUUUUUAAACUAGUGUCCAAUAUUCUGGCUCUGUCAAGGAACUGUGGACAAAUUAUGUGUGGUUUUCAUUAAUGAGGCACCACCUAAUAUUUCAAAAUGAAGGUUAAAUCCAGGAGUGAACCACACACUCCUCCUGCUCCACUAACCGUUUACUGUUUUGACAGGUAUCCUAAAAUUGGCAUCACAAAGGUAAAUUAAGACACCUUUGAUUGAAGCUAUUCUGAGUUCCCAGUGAAAGAACUGAUGGAAAAGAAAAUAAAGGAAAGAAUUGACAUUA